CGUGUACGACGCUUUCACAGCAAACGCGAGAAUCGGGUCGGCAGAAUAAGGAAAUUCUGAUAGGAGUACAACAGGAACUUCACACUGUAAAAGCAGAGAACGCGAAACUCACUGACGAAAAAUGUAAACUUACAAGGAAAGUAGAGUCACUUCGGUCACAACAUGAUACGUUACAUGAACAAGCUCGGCAGUUAAAGGAUAAGAACAAUAAACUUGUUGCCGAAGAUAAACAGCUUAGGACACUUAUG